AUGAUUUCCAUGUUCAUCCUUUGCGCGUUCGCCGCAAUAAUCAACAUACCACAGGCUAGAGCUGGUCUAUCUUCUCCUUGUCAUUGUCCACCUGGUCUUCCUGGUAAAUGUGGUCCUGCUGGUCCUUGUGGUCCACCUGGUCCUCGUGGUCCUCCUGGUCCUAAUGGUCGUCCUGGUAAAGAUGGUGGUCGUGGUCCUGCUGGUCCAGCUGGUCCUGCUGGUCCUGCUGGUAAUGAUGGUCCUGCUGGUCCUGCUGGUCCUACUGGUCCUGCUGGUAACGAUGGUGGUCCUGGUCCUGCUGGUCCAACUGGUCCUACUGGUCCAGCUGGUGCUAAUGGUAAUGAUGGUGGUGCUGGUCCUGCUGGUCCAGCUGGUCCUGCUGGUCCUGUUGGUCCCGCUGGUCCUGAUGGUCCUGCUGGUCCAACUGGUCCUGCUGGUCCUGCUGGUGUUGGUGAAACUGGUCCUGCUGGUCCUGCUGGUCCAGCUGGUCCAACUGGUCCUGCUGGUAACGAUGGUGCUAUUGGUCCUGCUGGUCCAGCUGGUCCUACUGGUCCAGCUGGUGCUAAUGGUGAUGAUGGUGGUGCUGGUCCUGCUGGUCCAGCUGGUCCUGCUGGUGAAACUGGUCCUGCUGGUCCUGCUGGUCCAACUGGUCCUACUGGUCCUGCUGGUGUUGGUGAACCUGGUCCUGCUGGUCCUGCUGGUCCAGCUGGUCCAACUGGUCCUGCUGGUAAUGAUGGUGCUACUGGUCCUGCUGGUCCAGCUGGUCCUGCUGGUCCAGGUGGUCCUGCUGGUAACGAUGGUGCUCCUGGUCCUGCUGGUCCACCUGGUCGUCCUGGUGCUCCUGGUGAACGUGGUCCACGUGGUCCUGCUGGUCCUCCUGGUACUCCUGGUGUUUGCGCUCCUGCUCCUCCUCCUGCUCGUGGUUGUGCUAAUCGUGAUGAUUAUUGUACUUGUGCUCGUGAUUGUUGUUUUAAUUAUCGUAAUGUUGCUAAUUGUAAUUCU